AUGGCGUCCGUGACAACAGCCACCUCAGAGUGGAUCCAGUUUUUUAAGGACGCUGGGAUCCCAGCCGGCCUCGCUGUCACUUAUGCAGUCUCCUUUGUGGACAAUAGAAUUCAAAAGAACAUGCUGAUGGACCUGAGUAAAGACAUCAUGAUGGACCUCGGCAUCACUGUCGUUGGUGACAUAAUUGCCAUUCUUAAACACGCCAAGCAGGUCUACAGGCAGGACAUGUGCAAAAUGGCCACAGAAGCCAUCUCCUCAGGACAGACCAGUGUUCAGGCCGAGCUCAGAAGAACUGCCAACACUCCUGCCACUCGUAUGAUUGCCAACGCAUUGAGCCAUGACUCCCCGCCAGCCACUCCAGCCCGUCGACCUGACAACCGCCUCUCUGUCACUGUGUCCAACAUGCAAGCAAACAAGAGUAAUAAAGCAGUUAUCAGUCAGCCAGCAGACGAGGGGAACGGGUUGCCAGGAGUGAAGCGCCGUCGUGUGACAGCCGAGAUGGAAGGCAAGUACAUCAUCAACAUGCCCAAAGGCACCACGGCACGCACACGCCGCAUCCUGGCCCAGCAGGGCAAGAAAGGUUUGAAGCGCACCUCUGUGUUUGCAAGACUUGGGGCUGAAUCAAAGGUAGAUACGACAACGAGCAAUAACAAGCCCACUGGUGUGUUCAGCCGUCUAGACAAAGCAGGUGAAGACGGGCUGAGGCCAGGAAAGAUAGCUGGAAACAUGCAUGUAGAUGACGAGUACGACAGUGAUGGAGAAGGCUCUGUCCUCCAGUAUGCUGGCGUCCUCAAGAGACCUCCUCCCUCCCAGAAGAAAGAGCAUGCCGCAAAACCAGCCCCGACCACCCUGCGGCGCCUGGGAGGCAAAUUCAAACUACCUCCCUCUGACGCUCCCACCUCCUCCUCCACCUCUUCCUCUAACGGUCUCCCCCCUGCCAAAAUUAGUGUGCUUCAGAGACUGGGCAAGCUCCCUGCCACACACCAGAGCACAACCGGUUCUCCUCCACCUGCAGACACACAGGACAACAGAGUGACCAGCACCCGACCCAAAGCUCAGGAGAAACUCACCAUCGCAAGCUCCAAGGUCACCAGCAGCACCGGGGCUGGCGGAGCAGCAGCAGCAGGAGGAGGAGCAGGAGGAGGAGGAGGAGGCGGGGACAGUCUGGGUGCCCAGAUGGAUGUUCAGGCCAUCAGUGUUUUCAAGCGACUGGGCAGCAAGAAAACCUAACACACAUCCAAAAAAAUUUAUCCAGACUCUUUCUAUACGUUCUUUACAAAAAUUUGUAUCACCAUCUUUUUGCAUUUAUCCCGACCACACACAGGACUGCAGGUUGUUAUUAACUGGAGUUUUUUUUUUGUUCAGCCUGAGUGUAUGGACUAUUUUGAUGCUGCACUGUGGCUUUAGAGUUAUUAGAUAAAAAUAGAUGGGUUUUUUACACGUUAGUUAUGCUGCCAUUUAAAAUCACCUCAGUUUAUCUCCAUGCUUUUAAUUUGAGCAUUCUUUCAAACUUUUAAACCCCUGUGUAUAUUUUGUUACCCACACAGAAAGCUUGUUAUCAUAUCUGCCAUUUUAUCAUUUUUUAGAAAUAUAUAUUUAAGUAUACUGUGCGUGACUUUAAGGCAUGAGCAUGACGUCAACCAAGCUGCCACUAUGGUGGUUUUUAAAUUUCUCCUGUAACUUCACACAUAAAAAGAUGCUGCUGCCCAAACUUCCCUUUUCUGAGAUUCCCCCUGAAUGAACACACACGUAGUUUAAAAUGUUGCUAAGAUAAAUUAUUUGGACUUUGUGUUGAUUCUUGCCUGAAAGUUAAGUUAAAAGUAAAAGGUACAGGUUGAUGUUUUUUUUCCACACACCUCAGGCUUAUUUUAUUCAAGGUUAAUAACCUGGACAGCAGUUGGACGUAGAACAAGCCACGGGGUGAUGGUUAAAACAACUUCUUGUUACCUUAAAAUUACCUCUGAUAUCACGUUGUGAGAGUAGAAAAUGCGCAAAAGUGUUGAUGAAAGGCUUUUAAAUAUCAACCCUGGACUAAAAUGGUUCCACAGAACGACCUCUUUGAACACUUGAAACAAGGAAAAGCUACACAAACACCUCUUCUUCUUCUUCUUCUGCAUUUGUGGAUUAGCAGGUCACACCUAUGGAUGCACAAGUCCGCUUUUCUAUCGUAGUACUGAACAUUUUCUAUAAACACCUACUUGAAGGCCGCAUCAGUAGAAUAUUGUUUAUUUUAAAAUGCAAUAUAUAGAUUUGGUAGACUUGAUUUCUCACAGCACAGAAUCUGUUCUGCUGCAUAUUUUUCUAAGUGGAUAUUCUUGCAUCAUGUUCCCAUGUAAAGAAACUCAGAGAUGCCAUCAGGCUGGGUGUCAGGGGGCCACAGACCAAGUCCAGUGGGUGGUUCACACUACCCAGUAUGGGUCAUUAACACGUGUAAUAUUUUGGUUUUUCAGACUUCACACCAGAACUUUGUAAAUAUUUGACAAGUUUAUCAUCACAUUAAAGACAUGUUAUUGUUUUAAAGGAACAAAGUAAAGCAAACGUACCAUGAACUGUCAUCAUUUUUAAGAAAAUAUUGAAUUUGCUGAAGUAUGCUUGGCAAAAAUGAUUAAAAGAGAAGGGUCCA